AAUCACGUGAUGACUUCGCUACAUACUGAACCUGCUGCAAGAGUUAGAGCUCUUGUAGAGAAAGCUGGUACUUGUGAUGUAGAUGGCGAAAUACCUUUCAGGCGGUACUAUCGCUCAGGCUUAGAAAUGGAAAGAAUGGCGAACUGUUAUUUUACUGAUGGAGACCUUGAACACGCGUUAAUUCUCUACUCUCGGUUUAUCACCUUAUUUGUUGAGAGACUACCAAAAUAUCCCUUGUAUGUUCAUGCAACACAGGAUGAAAAAUCAAGAAUCAAGACGAAACUAAGAAAUACUGCAUUUCCUCGAGCAGAAAAAAUUAAAAUGACAUUACAACAAAGAUACCAGAAGGAGCAUGAAGAGUGGGUGACUGAACAGGACAAGAAGGCUGCUAUAGAAUUUGAGAAAAGAAAAAAUGAAGAAGAGGCAGCAAGGCUGUUGCAGUUAGAUGAAGAAAGAAGGCAGUUGGAACAGCGAAAAGCAGAGAGACCUUUAGAAAAAGAAUGUUUGCAAGAUUAUCAUUUAGCAGAAGAGAAACAAGAUGCAGAAGAAUUGCAAAGAGUGGAAAAGGGCAAAGAAAUGAGACAUGAAGGAGAUGAAGUCAGUAUUGAACCAUUAGCUUGGAGACUUCAGAGACAGUGUGACAUGAACAACUUGCCAACUAUACCUUUCUACACAUCUGUUGCAGGUGGUGGUAGCUACCCUGUCAUUGAAUCACCUUCUGUUGACUCAUCAGUUAGCAGUCUCAAUGCUACUGGUGUCAUAACUGAGGGUUUGGCGGGUAUGUCUCUUUACAGUAAUAAUACAUGUUGGUCAUCAGCUACUGCAGCAACUGCUUCUCCUGUACUUGGUUCUGAAAGCUUUCUUCCUGCAGAAACUGCUGGCAGCAUGACUUCUAUGCUAGAGCAGCCAACAAUAGAUAGAUCAACAAAACCAAUAGAAGCUGAGUAUUCACCUGUACAGCAACCUCAAGUAGAUCGAUCUUCUAAGCCUGUAACACCAGCAGAAGUGACAAGACUUAGUUCUAUAACUGAUGUUGGAGAUUGUGAUUCAUCAACUACAAUUGAUGGUUUUCGGCCUGUCAUAGUGUCAGAGAAACUAAUGGAUGAUUUUCUUAGAGCUGCUUUAUCGAACACUUUGAAGAACAUUGAGACAUGUGGAAUUCUUUGUGGCAAACUGAGCAGAAGAGUUUUCUACAUCACUCAUGUGCUUGUACCAAAACAGACUGGGACUCCAGAUUCAUGCACAACGCUAAAUGAAGAAGAGCUAUUUGAUUAUCAAGACAAAUAUGAUCUUAUCACUUUGGGAUGGAUCCAUACUCAUCCCUCUCAAACAAGUUUCAUGUCAAGUGUAGACUUACAUACUCAUUGCUCAUAUCAGUUGAUGUUAGAAGAAGCAAUAGCAAUUGUGUGUGCUCCAAAGCACGAACAAACUGGCAUUUUUUCAUUGACAAGACCAUUUGGAUUGAAAUAUAUUGCAGCUUGCAGAGAGCCUGGCUUUCACCCCCAUCCUAAAGAACCUCCUCUUUAUGAAAAAGCUGUACAUGUUACAGUGACUUCGUCUGCUUCUUCGGUACUCUGUGAUCUCCGAUAAGAGAAACUUGUAAAUUAUAAUUACUUAUAACACUUGCUGUUGCUGUACCUAUUGGACGAGCUGCAGGUACAUUUAUGUGUAUUCUAAUUGUAGUGGUACUGUCAUUUGAUGAUGAAAAUGAUGUUGGCAUAUAGUAA